AUGUCAACCCUUUUGAAAUCAGCUCAAGCCUUGAAACCAUUAUUUGACAGAGUCUUAGUCCAAAGAUUAAAACCAAUUAACAAGACCGCUAGUGGUCUCUACAUUCCAGAAAAGAACCAAGAGAAAUUGAACCAAGGUGUCGUUGUUUCAGUUGGUCCAGGUAUAACCAAUACCACCACUGGUGAAGUUAUUCCAGUUUCAGUUAAAGCUGGUGAUCAAGUCUUGUUGCCUUCAUUCGGUGGUAACCCAGUCAAAGUCGGUGAAGAAGAGUACUUACUAUACACCGACAAGGAAAUCUUGGCUAGAAUUGAAAACAACAACUAA